AUGCGUCUGUCCUUUUCCAGACAAGCACGGCCCCUGACUCUCAGCUUCUGCAUCUCCGAGCCUCGUGCUGUGGCUGAGACGCCCGUUCUAGCGUCGGUGACUGCAGCCGCACAGGAUGCGGGGUCGGGGCUCCCUUGCGUUUCCUGCGGCGGCGGCCACUUCCGGACCCCUGUGGAAAUGUGGUGGCCAGACUCACAGGAGAGGAGACAGCCCUGUGUGGGCCGGCUCAGGGUGGCUAGCCCCAGCGUCGGGGGCUUGAAGGUGCGUCUGGGUGCCCCCUGCCCACUGCGUGGUGAGCUGAUCCCUCCUCACCUGCAAGGCUACCACAGUGUCUCUGAUGGCUUGGCCCGUCUGCUGCACUUCCGCCCACCACAGCUGGGCAGCCUGGUUUUCAAGCUGUGUCCCAGCAUGACUGACCGUGUGAAGAACAUCAAGCAGAAGGAAUCAGAGCAGGCGACGUGGAAGGGCCACGGCUACGAUGCCAGGCUCAAUGCCACUGCUGACAACGGUCAGCUGGCUGCUGGCACCUGUGAAAUCGUGACCCUGGACCGGGACAGCAGCCAGCCGCGGAGGACAAUCGCCCGGCAGACGGCACGCUGCGCAUGCAGAAAGGGGCAGAUUGCAGGGACCACGAGGGCUCGGCCCGCUUGCGUGGACGCCCGGAUCAUCAAGACAAAGCAGUGGUGUGACAUGCUUCCGUGCCUGGAGGGGGAAGGCUGCGACCUGCUCAUCAACCGUUCCGGCUGGACCUGCACGCAGCCUGGUGGACGGAUCAAGACCACCACGUCUGUCUCUACCCACCUGUCUAUCAUCUAUCUGCCAGCCCACCCAGGACAGCACGCCCCAGGGGGCCCCGAGCUCCAGCCCGUCCGGCCGCUGCCAGGAGGCCAGACUGAGACACGCAGGCGGGGAGCGGCGAGCGGCGUUAGCAAUACACGGUCUGAGGGGCACAUGCACGUGCCCACCCCCGAGGGACGUGGCUUCGCCGGUGUCUCUGGGAACCGGAGAGCAGGGGCCGUGCCAAUGGCCAGAAGCAGCCGCAGCCCAGCCAGCAAACGAGGAGCCCCGGCUGCCGCAAGGACACUCAGGUGCCACCGCGAGCCUCUUCCUGUGCCCCAGACUGUCCGAAUUGCUUUUAUUUUCUUAUACUUUCAGUAUAUUCAAUAG